AUUUUUUUUAUUACAUUUUGUUUAAUUCUAUUAUUAUCGUAACCUCAAAUUUAAAUAUAUAGAGGAGGAAGAUUAACCUGACAUAUUUAACAACAAUAAAUAUCAGAACAACAAAUAAACUUACAAUACAUUAUAAAAUGUCGGAACGGGGAAAAUAUCACAAGAAGAAAUUAUUCCAAAGGGAUCAAAGUUUUGGAAGAGGAAUUUUCAAUAAUAAAUCAGACAGUUACGGUGGGUCUAAAUACGAAAAAGAUUCCAAAGACAUAUCUGCAGAUACAAAAAUUAAACAACCUACUAUUUUAUUAAAAACAAGAGAACCACAUGAUGAGGCUGGUGCCUCACCGAAACGCAAUAAAAAAGAUUCUGAACCUUCUGUUACUUUAAUUCCUUCAGUUCCAAAGGAUCCAGAACCUGUAGCUGCUCCUAAAAUAAUGACAAAAUCUGAGAAACUCCUAGAGGAUGGUGUGUUAUGCAAUGAAAGCAUACAGGAGUAUCUGCAAGAAAACAAUGACUUUCUAGUAGUUGGAGUAAUAGGCACACAUGGAGUAGGAAAAUCAACAAUAAUGAAUUUCUUGUCUCAAAAGAGUGUAACUGAAGAAUUCAAGAAAUCAAUAUUUAAAAAUAACAUAAACCUGAGUGAAUGUGAAGAAUUUUCAGAUCACUCAUUUGCAGAAGAUGACAAUGAAAUAUUUAAAGUACAAUCUGAAAGUGACUUAGAAAACAAUGUUAAUGCAACUCAUGGAGUUGAUAUAUUUAUUACUUCAAAUAGGGUGAUUUUGUUGGACUGCCAGCCAUUCAACUCUGUGGCAGUUCUGGAAGACCUUAUCAAACAUGAAAAUAAGCGAACAAGUUUGGUCAGUGAGUUUAUACCAAUUGAAAACAGUGGUGAAAUUCAAGGGCUGCAACUUGCUGCAUUUUUAAUGUCAGUUUGCCAUGUGUUGAUAGUAGUACAAGAUUGGUUCUUUGACUGCAAUGUAGUGAGAUUUCUGCAAAGUGCUGAAAUGCUUAAGCCAACAAUUUCUAAUCCUGAGGAUGAAUUGACUGAGCAUUUUCCAAAUCUGUUACUCAUUCACAAUAAGGCUCAACUGGAAGAUUUCUCUCCUAGUAAAUUUAAAUCAAUGCAAAAGAUAUACAGAGAGUUAUUCAGCAAAACUAAAUUACAUAUAGACACUCACAUGGGAUUAGGAACUGGACGGAUUAUCAAUUACCUCAAUCCAGAGAGCUGUGGGGCUCCAAUUAAUUUAUUUUUAAUACCUGACAUUGACCCAUAUACAAAAUUGGUUUAUAAUGGACAUCCCUCAAUAGAAGAACUUUUCAAAAAGUUAAAAAGUAACAUUUUGGGUUCGACAAGAAACGCUCUUACACACGUACAGUUAACGGAAAAAACUUGGCUGGUUUACUGUACAAAGGUCUGGGACACUGUAAAAAAGAGUCCAUUUUUUGUGGAGUACACGAAAUUAAUGCCUUAGCAUAAACGAAAGGAAAGUAUUGGUUAUAGUUUGCACAAAAGGAACCUUAUAAAGGGUCUAGAUUUGUUUGUAAGAAAAACCUGAGCGUUCGAGUUCGAAGUAAUUAUAUUAUCACAGAAUAAUUAUACUCUGUGGUAUUAUGUUGGUUACAUAAUAUUUUGUAUAAUUUCAAUUGGAUAUAAUUAGGAAAAAACAAAAUGAUUCACAAUCAUUGAUGUUUUUGACCUUUAAUUAUGCUAAAUAAUUCUUGAGAUCUUGUGGUAUAAUACUUUCAAAUAAGUGUGUACAUGUUCAAACAAUAAAUGAUUCUUAAUAACAGUAACAA